UGUAGCAAAAUUUACCGUGACCGUCUGACCGACAGAUAGAGAGAAGGGAAGUGGUGUUGAGUAGUAGUCGGAGAAGAGGAAGAGGCGACGAUGAGUAUCGUCCCGAAGGAGACGAUCGAGGUGGUUGCGCAAAGCAUUGGCAUCUCUAACCUCUCCCCUGAGGUCUCUCUCGCGCUCGCCCCCGAUGUUGAGUACCGUCUUCGGGAGAUCAUGCAGGAGGCAAUAAAGUGCAUGCGCCACUCUAAAAGGACGGUCUUGACGGCAGAAGAUGUGGAUAGUGCUCUCAGUCUGAGGAAUGUCGAGCCUAUUUAUGGAUUUGCAUCAACUGAUCCCUUGCGGUUCAAGAAGGCAGUAGGGCACAAGGAUCUGUUCUAUCUUGAUGACAGAGAUUUGGAUUUCAAGGAGGUCAUUGAUUCACCAUUACCCAAAGCGCCACUUGAAACUGCUGUUGUGGCUCACUGGCUUGCUAUUGAAGGGGUGCAACCUGCAAUUCCUGAAAAUUCUCCUGUUGAAGCAAUUGUAUCCCCGUCUGAAAAUAAGAAAUCUGAGAACACCAAGGAAGAUGGACUGCUUGUUGAUCUCAAACUGCCUGUUAAGCACGUAUUAUCUAGGGAGCUACAGCUCUACUUCGACAAAAUUACUGAGCUUACAGUUACAAGACCUGAAUCCAACCUUUUCAAAGAAGCUUUAGUGAGUUUAGCAAUGGAUUCAGGAAUUCAUCCGUUGGUUCCAUACUUUUCCUACUUCAUUGCAGAUGAGGUUGCUCGGAGCUUAAAUGAUCUUCCUAUCUUGUUUGCUUUAAUGCGUGUGGUUCGAAGCCUUCUCCAAAAUCCGCACAUUCACAUAGAACCUUAUUUGCAUCAGCUGAUGCCAUCAAUUAUUACAUGCGUCGUUGCCAAAAGGUUGGGGAGUAGAAUAGCAGAUAACCACUGGGAACUCCGUGAUUUCUCAGCAAAUCUAGCUGCAUCAGUGUGUAGAAGAUACGGUCACGUGUACCACAAUCUUCAGUCGCGAUUGACGAAGACAUUAAUUAAUGCUUUUCUUGAUCCAUCUAAAGCACUCACACAACAUUAUGGUGCCAUUCAAGGGCUUGCUGCACUGGGACCAAGUGUGAUACGUCUUCUUGUUCUGCCAAAUCUUGAACCGUAUUUGCAACUUUUAGAGCCCGAGAUGCAACUAGAAAAGCAGAAGAAUGAGAUGAAAAGGAAAGAAGCGUGGCGAGUGUAUGGUGCUUUACAGUGUGCCACUGGUAAAUGUUUGUAUGAACGGCUGAAGAUGAUGCCUACCUUGUUAUCUCCACCAAAACAUGGUGUCUGGAGGAUUAACCCAAGGAUUGCAAUAAGCAGGAUCAAGCGGAAGUUGAGCACCAAUAACUCAUCACAGCAGCCACCCUUCAAGAAGAUGGCAGUUGAUGGACCAGCAGGCACAAUACAGGCUAUUGCUACAACAACAGCCAACCUGCAAGGAGCAGAGGAUGGGUUUGCUCCGCAAUCAUCUGGUGCUGGUACAGCACAAUCUUCUGCCCCAGGUCAGGUAUCGAUUGAUUCAAUUGGCAGUAGAAGAGAGAAGGGCGGCAGCGGAGCACCCAAGGGAUCGGUGGUCCUGGCCCAAGCUUGGAAGGAGGAUCUUGAUGCAGGAAACCUCCUAUCGUCACUGUUUCAGUUGUUUGGAGAAGGCAUAUUGUCAUUCACCCAGUCGCCGGAGAAAUCUUUCUUUCUCUAGCUGUGUUAAUUGAUCUAAUAUGGCUUCCACCCGCACUUGAAAGAUGGUGUGUAUUAUUUAGAGUUUUGUAACGAUAGAUGUAAUGGAUCUUACCUUUGUUAGAAAAAAACUGCUGUUUUUGGGUU